UAUGAGAAGGGGUCGAGAGACCCUGCAAAUUACCAUGAUCAAGGAGAAUCAGAAAAUCGUGGAAUUUCAAGGAAUCCAUUAGGAAAGUCUAAAGUGGGAACUAGAGGGCCAAGAGCGGGAGUCACGGAACCAUCCGUAGGAGUAAAUCAUUCAAUCAACCAGGUAUAGACAAGCAAGUACAACGUUCAUUAGAAAUUCUAAUGAAGGUUGGAGAAUUCGAGGAAGAGUCUAAACGGUUGUAAUGAAGAGAGUUUGCGAACAAUACCAAGGAAGAGCAAAAAGGCCAGAGGGAGUUUGACGAGAUUUCAAAAAGUCAUUGGCUCAUGUCUCAGGUGACUCGAGGUCAAGAAGCUGCACAAAGAGGUACGAUGAGGGAAAGCAUUACCGAGAAGGAGGAAAAAGAGAAGUUACAUUAUCCAAGGUGCCCCACUCUGAGUGGGCGCGACAUGGUAGGAGGGCUCCAGAGGAGACAACUAGUUAAGGAUGAAACAUGCACGCUUAGUUAAGCCACUAAGAGCCAUGACUAAGAGAUUAAGGCUAUGUACAAGCAUCAGUCAAGACAAAAGAUGCGGAUGAGGUAUGUUCAAGCCUACCAAAGGCAAGCCACUAUUGGAAGCUUGACCCAAAACAACAACGAGAAGAUACUCAACAGAGUUUGGUGACCGAAAAUAGUACAAAGUAUCAACGGAAGGGUAGUAAAAGUAAAGAAGCAAGGAGAACACCAUAGAAAGCUAUAGGAAAUAAAAUAAAAAAAGUGGUUGUCGACCGGACAAUGAAUGCGUGAAGGAAGAUAGUUGCGACAUGGUCAAGCAUCAUCGUGAGUAGAUGUCGUGGGUGUCAUCUGGCAAGUCUACCUAGAGAAAGUUUCUAGUGGAAAUGUUGGCUCGGAGGUAUGGCGAGGAGCUACUAAACUGAGUAGAUCAAAGCUAGUACCAAGCAUCGAUGAAGGAUGUUGUACCUAAAUCGUUGAAGGAUGAAGGAGUUGUGGAAGUAAGGAGGGAACCACAAGGCUAUAAUAAAGGUUAUGGUGAAGAGGGUGGUAGUUGAUAUAACGACAAAUUCAGGGAGAAGGAUAGUUAGGAAGAGGCGGCGAAAGAAUACAAAGGUCAACAAGGAGGCAUUAAGGUGAUUGCCAGUGGAGAAUAAGUUGGACCAUAGGAAGCCCAUCAAGAACUGAGAAGCUCAAUGGUCAACUUUAAAGUAGAAGUGUGGUGGUCCAGAACGGUCGAAGGGAAAACCUUAUCAGUCAAAGUACAUAAGUGAGAAGAGUAUAUAGGAACCUACGGGACUACAUCGAGAACAAGGGAUAACUAGAUCUAGCAAGGAACCUCAAGAAGAAGGGUCGCGUAUAAAGAAGUAGUAGGGAUAUGCAUUAAGGGAACCUGCUGGAAUACCCCAAAGUGAAACCAAGGUCGCGUAUCCUGGUGAAAGGUGGAAAUCUCUUGGGAGAAAAUUUCUUGGUCGGGGAAGCCGUACGAGGAAUUUCAGCUAGGGUCUAAGAGUAGCAGAAUAGAUAGUACGAGAAUUGCAAAUUCAAGCGACAAUAAGUGAGUAUUUAGUUAGGCAGCCAGUGGUGAACAAGCAAGCCAAGGAGGAUGUCAUGAUUCUUGAAAGAAGCAUUAAUUUGAAUGCAGGUUAGGGGUGAGAUGCAAUGGAUGCCUCUGAUGCAUACAGAAAGUAAAAGAGGUAGUACGAGGUCUCGGCAUUAAGAAAGAGGUAACGAGGAGGUGACCGUUCAGUUUAUGAUUAAUGGAUAAGACGAGGCAUUAAGGAAGAAAGUAAGAGAUACAAAGUUAUGAGAUACAAGGUCCUAGGUGACCUAUGAGGUCAACCCUAGACGAGAGUUACGUUAAAAGGGUUUUACCAUCUGACUAGAUGGAAGAUAAGCCACCAUCAGUGACCCGGUGGUUGGAGAGGGGCACUAACUUCUCAUGUACCGAAUGGAUAGUUAUCGUUCCUAUAUAUGUACAAGGUGUAGCCGAGGUAAUGUGAAGGGUUAAGAAGCCACAACAACAUUGAAGUUGCAGGGAAUGGAGAGAAGGAUUUUAGGUCAUGUCGUAUAAGUUAAAUGGAAAAAAAAAUCCUCGAAGUGAAAAGGAGUACCACAAGAGAUGCUUAGGGAAAUCACAGUGCAUGAAUUUCGAGGGCGAAAUUUCUAUAAGUGGGGAGGAAAUGUGAUACCUCGCUUCGAUUUAGGUUCAACAUCAAGAACUGAAUCAGUUGGAUCAAAUAAAUUGAGCCGAAGUUUUGUCCCAUCGCACCUGGGGCCCAAGUUGGAAAAUUUUGAAAAGGGCAAUGAGUCACCCAAAGCUGCCCAAUGCUAACGAGCUUGGUGAGAAUCCCUCCUAUGGUCAAGAGGAAAUAUAAGAAGUGAGGUAAACUAUACGGGACAAGCAACGGACAUCGGACAAGCAACGAACAUCAUCUAAAAACAUUUAGCUAGAGUAAAUUCUUGAGGCAAGGAAGUACAAAGAUGGUGUAGAAUGAGCAAUGAGUUUCAAGCAAAUUUCGGGGACGAAAUUUUGAUAAGGGUGGAGGAAAUGUAACACCCCGAAUUUUGGGUUAGGUUCGACCAUAAUACGUGGACGGUUGGUUUAACGAGUAUGUAUGAAGAGUUGCAACCAGGGAUUAAGAAUAAUAGUAUAAUAAUAAUAACUAUUAUUACUAUUAUUAUUUCUAGUAUAAAAAAGGGAGCUCGUUCUCCUCCUUAGUCGGCAUCUCCCAAGAAGAAACAAAAACCCUACCGCUUGAUCUUCUUCCUUUUCCCCAGAACCACCAAUCCAUCUCCAUCAAAUAUUGAGUCCACAAGAAAAUCCAAAUCAUCGAGGAAGGGAGCGCAGGUAGAAUCAACAAGCAGAAGCUUUCCAGAGCAGCAAUUGGAGAGAGCAGUAAGGAAGACGAGGAGAAGAUCGAUGGAAAAUCAAGAUGGUGGGCAUUCGUUGGCAAUAUUCAUGAGUUGUAUUAAUAUAUAUGUUAUGGGUGUCCGCGAAUCUUUUGCAUGAAAGUAAUCGGUGCGGUAGUCUCUCGGUGGCGGGUCAAGCAAAAGGAAGCAAGCAAUGUUCGGGAUCAAGAAGAGGAAGUGGAGGAGAUAGUUCAAAAAUCCAAGGUCGGUUCGAAGAAGGUAGUGAGCCCGACAAUGAGUAAUCGUUUUAAGGAAUGCACGAAUUGGUUGCAGUGGCUGAUGUUCUUGGGCGACCCUGAUGUUGCUCUAUUAAACUUGUCUAGGUUGAGUUCAGGACGUGGUGUCUGUGGGGUUGUUUGGGGUACUAAUGAUAUAGCCUAUAGGUGCCGUACUUGUGAACAUGGUCCAACUUGUGCCAUUUGUGUUCCGUGUUUUCAAAAUGGUAAACACGAGGAUCAUGAUUAUUCAAUAAUCUAUACUGGUGGAGGUUGUUGUGAUUGGUCGGGAUUGGAGAAUGGUUUGGGAGCUUGCUGUGAGUCAUUGAUUGAAGGAAGUGGUCGGUCAUCAUCAUCCAAUGGGAUGAUGGUCGUUGGUAUAUGGAGUUGUUCAGGUAGCAAUGUACAAGGUAUGUAAUUAUCAAUUAAGCAUCGGGGAUUGAACCAAGAGAUGGAUGAUUAUGUAAAGACAAUUUUUAAAAGCACCCAGGAUGGAGAUUCUGUGCACAUUUCAAGUAAAGGAGGGCCGAGCUUAAGGCGAUCAACCCUUGGAUGAUGGUCAGUUCAAGUAAAUCAAUUGGAUAUUAAGGUGAGUGUAAAGGGGGUAAAUUCUACGCCUUACGUAUUUUAGCGAAUUGGUUACCGUUGCUUGGUUAUGUGUAUGAUUGAUUAUGUGUGCUUUGCUUGAGUUAUGGUUUGAGGUGAGUUUGUGCUAUUUGAUGUGAUUUGAGGUGAUUUUGUGCUAUUUACCUUAAAGAGUUAUGUUUAAUUUAUUGUUAAAGUUUAAGAAGUCACCUUCAAGAAGGUGAAGUCGUUUUAAGUGUUUUUAGUCACUAGCGCCAGUCCGUUGCCAUUUGAGUUUUUCAGAUAGCGCAACAGUAAUGCUCUUGAGAUCUUUGAGAUAUAGCAACAGUUAUGCUCUUGAGAUUCGUGGUGAAGAGCCACCACGAUAAGUUUAAGAUGUUAGGGGGGAUGAAUCGUUACGACUUCCCUAACUAAGUUUAAGUUUAAGGAAAGCCUUGAUGGCUUCUCAUACGUAUGAGUUGGCAACCGGACUAGCUAGUGGGGGAUCCCAGUGUCAGUCAAGUAUUUAAGUUGAGAUUUAAGCUUUAAGAAUGGAGAGUAGCAGUUACUCCCAUACAAUUUUAAGAGUUAAGAUUUUAAAGAAUGGAAGUACAAACAACUUCCCUCAGUUUGAGUUUAAGUGUUUGAGAAGAAGUACAAAAUUAGUAGAAAGUUAAAAACGCAAGGGCGUAGACUGAACACAACUCAUUCACCAGGCCUUAGUAAGGGAAUGAGCGAGAACCAGUUCGGUAACAGCUAGCUAGAGGAGCAGUUAGAGAGCAGCGAGUUCGAGAGGAAAAGUUCAAGGGCAGCCAGCCAGAGGAGGGCAUUAUAAGCGUCACAGAGGAUGCUUAGCCAAGGUUUCAGUAGCAACAACAUUAGAGAUUAUCAGUUAUUUACAUUUAUGAUUAUGAGUAUAGAUUGGAGAUCAGAUUGAGAUUUAAAGUUUGAGUUUAAUUUGCCCACGUGUUAGGGCUUUGCUCGGAACUACAAGUGUGUUUUUCAGUAUUUUGUUUAUGAAAAUUUUUCCCGCUGCAAUUUAAGAUUUGAGUAUUUUAUUUGUCAAUGGCAUUUUAGUAAAAGUAGUACCUGACCGGGUUAGGGUGUUUCAGGUUCAAUGAUAGUUAUACUGCAGGAGAUUCUUAAACAGUCUGAAGUCUCGACUAAAGGUCUCCAGACCCUCUUAAUCUGAGUCUCCAGCGGGCGACUAACCUCCACCGGAGUAAACAGAAUGAGGCCCUAACGAAGAAAACCUCCACUACCGAAGUAAAUUCGGUAUAGAAUAGUGAAUUGACUCCUCGACUAAAGUCGCCAAUUCACUACCUUCAAUCAAGGGUGCUCUAUCAACCUAGGCAAAUAUUCUCUUUCUAAGUUAAAGCAGAAACAACAGGAAUUUGAUCAGGAUUCAUGCCAUUCAACAAAUCAAACCUCAAUUGAACAUAAUCAUACCACGAAAUCAGUACUUGGGUUCAUACAAUCAGACCUAACAUACAAAUCUAGGGUUCUUCAUACCUAGGUGAAUAAGAAAGUUACUUCAUAGAGAGAGAUGGGAAAUAUAGCUCAGAUGCGGAAACCAUAUUGUGAAGGAUGAGAAUCUGCUUCUGGCACUCAAUCAGCUCUUCUCCAAGCUCAAGCCGCGCUCCAAUGGUGAUGGAGAUCGAUCAAGGACACUUGCAGAAUCAGGUUCGUCACUUUCUCUCUCUAGGUAUCGCUUUUUCUCUCUAAAACUCGGAACCCUUCACUUUUUCCCUUCUUUUCCCUUAAGAAGCUGUCAUGUCGCGAUCCCCGGCCUGAAUACCCGGUCGGUUAUUUUGGGUGGCGACCGGGCAUUUUCAAAA